CCACACCUUUUUAAUGGCCACUGGAUUGUCUUCUAAAGAAUUUGUUGAAAAUGAGCUAAAAGAUGUUCGUUCUGAUCCAAAAUUAUCCUCAUUAGAAUUUAUAGCAUGUCACAAAGUUUUAGUUCAAGUAAGAAUCAAAUAUACAGAAUAUAAGAAUAUCAUCGUUAAUAUUCAAUUCCCUCCCGAGUAUCCAGCGAAUCCAUUGUUACUUCAAAUAAAGAGUAAAGUACUACCGGAUAAACUAAUUGAAAAAAUCGAGACACUUUGUGACCAGGAGCUAAAGAAGCUUGUUGGUUCCAAACAGGUGUCAACAAUCCUUUUGUUCUUAUGCGAUUUUAUUAAGAAUAACCCAUUAAUUGUCUGUUCUGAAGAACUCCAAUAUAUCAAGAAUACUAUUAACAGAGAAGGUGAUGAAUUAAAGAUAAAGCAAAGGACUGGAGUAAUACUUUAUAAAGCAUUUCAAGAUCAAUAUUUUAUAGACUUCAAGAUGACGGUUCCAAAUGAAUACCCAGCCUCUCAUGUUCAGUUAGAAUUUAAAGAGAACAAUCUGCCAGUCAAUCUGUACCACAUAAUGAAAGGCCAAACAGUUGAACUAUUGAGACAAUGCGUAGAACCACCUAUCAGAAGAAACCCACGUGCUGGGCCCUUUGUUCCCAGACCUUCAUUGCAGUUCAUUACCAAUUAUUUGGUGGUGGAUUGUCUCAGGAGCAUUACAACUGAUUCCUGUCCUGUAUGCAAUAAAAGAGCUUUACCAACUGAUCCCAAGGAUAUUAUUAUUGAUGAGGGUCAUCCUCAGUAUGUGUAUCGUAUCUACUGUGGACACUUGUAUCACUUCCAAUGUCUUGAUAGUUAUAUGAAAACACCUCCAUUUACAGGUGGAAAGAAGUGUGUGAAGUGUGGGCAGAGGGUGUUUCAUGAUAAAUGGAAUGUUCCUCCAAGAUUGGCUGAAGAGAGAUGGGCCCAUCAAGAGGCAAGGAAAAGAGAGAUUGCUGAAGUGGCUGAAUUUUUAGGAUUUGAUUAAAUCAUGUCCAAUAUUAAAUAUCUUAUUUAUUUUACUUAAAAUUAAAAACCAAUAAUGAUGAA